AUGAAGAACAGUUGUAGGCAAAUAUAUUGUUUUGGCUCUCAAAAAUGUAUCCACAUAGACACAACUUUAUACAAGUUAAGUCAACUACACGAAGAAGUGAUAAAGCGUUAUUCAUCAAAGAACAACCCAAAAUUUUCUAUUCUUUAUGCUGACAGGUAUGCACCAGAAAAAUCGUUUAUUGAGCUUGAUUCUGAUGAAAAGUUCAUAGCUAUGCUUAGCAUGUAUGGAAGCGAGAAACAAGUAACCAUUUAUGUGACAAUAGAGAAUAACCUCGGCUCCAAUAUUCAUGCUAACCAUUCGUGUGCCAACAGAGAUGAACCACACGAUGAGUAUGAUGCAGACUUUUGUCCUAGUGAAGAAAGUUAUCAUAGUCAUCUCAGUUCUGAUAAUGAAGAUGGUAUAGUGAAUGAUGAUGAUGAAGUUAACUCAUUUUGUAAGAAUAGUAUAAGAAUGGAAGUCGGCUCAAAAUUUGAAAAUGUGGUUAAUUUUAGGAGAGCUUUGAACCACUUUGCAGUCAUAAAUGAGUUUAACUACUACAUUCAGAAAAGUGACCCCACACGAUUCACAACAAGAUGUAAAAACCUAGAGUGUGAGUGGAGAAUUCAUGCUUCUAUUACACAAGAUGAAGUUGCCUUUGAAGUUAAGAAAAUGGUAGAAGUACAUACUUGCACUCGAAGCAACAAAGGUGGCAAUAAGCGUGCCACUCAAGGUUGGAUUGCUAAUGUAGUAACUGACAAGUUGAAAUCUGAUGGGGAUGUCUCUCCAUAUGAGCUUAGAAAUUGGAUUAUGAAAACUUACAUAGUAGAUAACAAGGAACGGGAAGCGGAACCAUUGAUUUCCACUAAAAAUAUAUAA